AUGCGCGCGUUGCAGUACAAGUGCCGGCCAGAGAAGCUGUUCCGUGGCAGUCUCUUCGACAGCGAAGCCGCCAUCUUUGACUCUCUUCGGGUGGAGCUAGAGACGCAGUACCAGCAGACCGACAACGUGUUCCGGUCCACGGGUCUUGCCCAUUUCGAAGGCGACAUGGCUGCAAGGUGUUUCCGUUCAGCCUCAACGCCGUGGACCAAGCUGUUGCCCGAGGCCGACACGCUCGUGACGGUGUGGUUGACUGUGAAGCGCUUCUACGAGUGGUCUGACGACGGCCGGAAGCGCAUCAUUUGCGUGUGGAACGCCAUGACUUGUAUGCGCAUCUCGCCGCUUGGCCGCGCCGAGUUUGACCCCAGUGAUGUGGCUGUUGGAACGCUUGCAAAUGUGCUGGUCGGGUGCUACCAUCGCACUGUGAUCGUCAUGCACCACGUGCUGGAGAAGUUGUUGCUCGUCGAGGAUACUCGGUCGCUGCUGGGCUGA